CCCUUCCCGGCUAUCUUACUUACCAUUGCAAUUUGCAACAUCUGUAACUCCUCACCACAACUAGCUCCUUAGUCUCUCUUCGAUCUUUCUUGACAACCCGACAAAAAUGGUGACCGUCGAGGAAGUUCGCAAGGCUCAACGGGCUGAGGGUCCGGCCACGGUAUUCGCCAUUGGGACAGCAACUCCUCCCAAUUGUGUGGACCAAGCUACAUACCCCGACUAUUACUUUCGUAUCACCAACAGUGAGCACAAGGCUGAGCUCAAAGAAAAAUUCCAGCGCAUGUGUGACAAAUCUAUGAUCAAGAAGCGUUACAUGUACUUGACUGAGGAAAUUCUAAAGGAGAAUCCAAGUGUGUGCGAGUACAUGGCACCCUCACUUGAUGCUCGGCAGGACAUGGUGGUUGUUGAAGUCCCAAGGCUUGGCAAAGAGGCUGCCACCAAGGCCAUCAAGGAAUGGGGACAACCCAAGUCCAAAAUCACCCACUUGGUCUUUUGCACCACCAGUGGUGUCGACAUGCCCGGCGCUGACUACCAACUCACCAAGCUAUUGGGCCUUCGCCCCUCUGUCAAGCGCCUCAUGAUGUACCAACAAGGCUGUUUCGCUGGAGGCACGGUUCUCCGUUUGGCCAAGGACUUGGCCGAAAACAACAAGGGUGCACGUGUUCUUGUUGUGUGCUCUGAGAUCACCGCGGUCACCUUCCGCGGGCCUAGUGACACCCACCUUGACAGUCUUGUGGGUCAAGCCUUGUUUGGCGACGGUGCAGCAGCCGUCAUCAUUGGUGCUGACCCAGUGCCCGAAGUCGAGAAGCCCUUGUUUGAAUUGGUCUCGGCAGCACAAACCAUUCUCCCCGACAGUGAUGGGGCUAUCGACGGACAUCUCCGUGAAGUAGGGCUUACAUUUCACCUUCUGAAGGACGUUCCCGGUCUUAUUUCAAAGAGCAUCGAAAAGAGCCUUAACGAGGCCUUCAAGCCUAUAGGCAUUUCAGACUGGAACUCGCUCUUCUGGAUUGCACACCCAGGUGGCCCUGCUAUUCUGGACCAAGUAGAGGCCAAGUUGGCACUGAAGCCAGAGAAACUAGAAGCGACAAGGCAAGUGCUGUCAGAUUACGGCAACAUGUCGAGUGCGUGUGUCUUGUUUAUUUUGGACGAGGUGAGGAGGAAGUCAGCCGAGAAAGGACUGAAGACAACUGGAGAAGGACUAGAAUGGGGUGUGCUGUUCGGAUUUGGGCCUGGCCUCACGGUGGAGACCGUCGUGCUUCACAGCGUGGCUGCUUGAAGACACCAGUAGCAAUGUCGAUUUAUUUAUCUGCUUCUAGUUCGUAUAUGUAUUGUUUCCACUUUUUUCUGGUCAGUUUUUGGUUUUCGUAUAUUUUUUUAGUUUGAAAAGUGCAUGGGCGCCAUGGGUAAACUUUGUUGCAAGGGCUGCGUUUACUAUAACAUUGAUGGAAGAAAAAAAAGGCCCUGAUUGGGGACUGUAACGAGUUACAUAUUGAUGAAUAAUGCUAAAAUUUUCCAA